AUGACCCGCCGCUCCGGUAAUCUGGAAGUCACCGGGUUCAACCUUCUGAAUGGACAGGAAGAUGUUGCUGCGGAAGUAGCAACUGAUCCGGAACGUUCCCCAAGUCGGCAGCCAGGGGCCAACAAAGCGGCUCUUAAAGGAUCCCCUAUUGUCGAAGCAUACGCAGGCGAACGUCACGCUGACGAUGCAACAACCUGGACUCAAAUUGGCAUUCGCUUGCAAGAAACUGGACAACCUGGCAAGCUGCAGCCACCGUCCUGGGCACUGAAUUGA